GUCACUACCCGGCAUUAAUCGUCAUUGCUCAAUAUGGCCGACACGAGGUUGUAUGAUCUACUUGGAGUCUCUCGAAAUGCUAGUGAUGCUGAACUAAAAAAGGCCUACAGGAAGCUGGCCAAAGAACUUCAUCCCGAUAAAAAUCCAGAAACUGGAGAAAAGUUUAAAGAAAUCAGCUUCGCAUACGAUGUCCUUUCAAAUCCCGAAAAACGAGAUUUAUACGACAGAUUUGGCGAGAAGGGCUUGCGUGAGGGGGUCGGAAGUGCAGGAGGUUUUGAUGACAUCAUAUCACAUAUCUUUGGAGGUGGUGGAUUUGGUGGUGGUUUGUUUGGAAGUGGUUUUGGGGGGUUCAGUGGGAUGAGAARCAGACGACGAAGAGGAGAAGACAUGUUUCACCCAUUAAAGGUGACACUGGAAGAUCUAUAUAAUGGAAAAUCAACAAAACUUCAACUAAGCAAAAAUGUAAUAUGUCCAACUUGUGAAGGUGUUGGGGGUAAAAAAGGAUGCUAUACCUAA